CGGUAACGUUAUUGUUGCACUGAUGUCGUCCACGGCGCUGUUGGGCGUGCUUGCAUUGGCGGUGCUGACGGGUGUGUAUGUGUUCCUGAGCCAUGCCCCUGUGGUAGACAUUCCUGCCUGUCAGGGCAUGUCGCUGUCCUUUAUGAUUCAAGGCGUGUUGCCCAAAUUCGUUGGAGGUCGCGACGACAAGCUGGGAACCGUCACCGCCCUGUGGAAGUGUGCGAGUCUGUAUCAGGAGCAGCACUCCAACUUUGUGGUUUCGAGCUUCGCCCUCGUGUACGUGUCGCUCCAGACAUUUGCCAUUCCCGGCCCCCUCAUCCUCAGCAUCCUCUCGGGGGCGUUAUAUCCCUUUUUCUAUGCGAAUUUGCUCGUUGCGGUGUGUGCCACCACAGGCGCGUCGCUAUGUUUCUUGUUGUCGCAUUACUUGGGCCGCAACUUGGCAUUGCGACUUCUUCCCGACAUGUUGGCUUCGUUCAAGGCCAAGAUUGCAGAUAACCGCUCCAACCUGUUCUACUACAUGCUCUUCCUCCGUCUCACGCCAUUGCUUCCGAACUGGUUUGUGAACGUCGCGUCUCCUCUCGUGGACGUUCCUUUCGGUAUAUUCGUCGCGGCCACCUUCAUCGGGCUCAUUCCUGCGAACUGCAUUCACAUUUCCACGGGGGCGACGUUGGGCAGCACGGCCUCUGACGCCAGCAGCGGCAACAAUAUGGUUAACUUUGGCAUCUUGUUUGCGUUGCAGUUCCUGGCUCUGUUGCCGACCUUGUUCAAGAGUAAGCUGCAGGCUUUGGAUGAUGGGGCCACACCAACCACCAAAAAAGCCAACUAAGCGAAUGAACGUGGCUGUUUCCUUUGAUAUAUCAUGCAAACGUAUACGAGUAGUCGUGUAUCGUACUACUUACAGUUCGUACAGGUGGUUUACGAUACCAAUCGAUUCAAUAACGAC